AUGGGUACCAUCAACCCUUUCAAUACAACUGGAUGGAAGAAGUCCGCCAGGGUCAACUGUACGAUACUGGUACUUUUGUCUAUCUCAAUGAUAAUCCUAUCCGGUAUAAGUUUGUCCCACGGCGCCCAAACAGCACUCUUGUUGUAUUCUGGAGAUUGUAACAGCGGCAAUGCAACAGCCAUCAAUCUUGCAUUACACCUGCUCAUUAACGCAGUCUCAACACUAGUGGUUCUUAAUUCCCCUUCAAGAGAAGACAUCAAUCGGGCUCAUUCUAAAGGAGCUUGGCUGGAUAUAGGGGUCUCCUCAAUCCGCAACACUCUUAACCUCUCUAGAUUCAAGAGAUGUAUCCUAGCUUUAAGCUCUGUUCCCAUUCAUCUCCUCUUCAACUCAACUGUCUUUAAAACGGACUACCGUGGAGCAAGCCUCCAGUUCCCAGGAUUAUCUCCCCACGGUUCAAAUUGGAGUGACGUCGGCGACCACUGUUCUUGGGCGCCCCAUUUCACUGCCUCUUUCUACGGGUCUUCGGUGAGCUCCUCGGAGUAUUUUGACAAGGACGCACCAGUUCUGAGUAGUUUAUCCGCCUUGGCCACGCAAGUGGAAACAUGGAAGAAGCUCGACAUUAACGAAUGCAGGCAAGUAUACGCAUCCUGCAGAGGCAUGAAGAAGUAUGGCGAUGUCAUUCUGGUUGCUAAUAAACCCGGCGGCUGGAUUCGUGACAACAUGUGGGAUCUUGGAAAAGAUCAGAGGCUCUUCUGGGACAAGUAUAUUCCCCCAAAACAAGCAAAUCAUCUUUUCUUUGAUGCCCAAUGCAACAUACGGCCAGCAACAACAUACAACUCGCCUGGCGGCAUGCACUAUGCGGUCUCGGAACCUCGGCGUUCAGCUUUGGAUAUAAGUAUUGAUCACUGUUUAGCGAAACCGCUGGAAACUGCUUGCCAGGUUGCUGUAUCACCUAUCUUACUAUUACUUGUUACUAUCUUUGUGGCUGUCAAAACAUUUACUGCCAUUCUGAUUACAAUUUCCCUAGGGCAAGCAAAACAAGUACCAUUAAUAACCCACGGUGAUGCUAUUGCUUCUUUCAUUACCAAGCCUGAUAAUACUACCAUCGGGUAUUGUACUAUAGGCUAUGAAAAAAUUCAUAGUUCCAUAUCUCACUCAUCAGUACCAAGACCAUGGCAUGGCUCUAAGAAACGAUGGGCUGCAGCUAUUCCAUGGUCUACUUGGGUUAUGAGCUAUUCAAUUAUUAUAAUCGGGAUCAGCUUUGCUAUAGGCCUGUUUAUUAUAGCUGCACAUAGCACACUCAACGGCAAGAUAGAUCAAGGAGGAUUCUUUCCGAGCGAUAAUAGCCCCCUCAUAACGCUCGACUUCAGCAUCAUAACUGCCGUAGUAUUAGCGAACAGUCCGCAGCUUCUGCUGACAUUUUGUUACUUCGCAUAUAACAAUAUAUUCACACACCUUCAAUCGGCCCUUGAGUGGGCGCAGUUUGGCAUCAAGUUUUCCCCUUUGCGAGUCACUGACCCAAAAGGCCAGCAAUUAUCUACAUAUAGGCUUCAACUACCAUAUCGGUACAGCCUUUGCUUGAUAACAUUUAGAUACUACUUUUAUGACGUAUUACGCCGUGACACUAGCCUACCGCCCGACGCGGUGAGUCUGGUGGGAUACUCGCCGGCAGCUCUUCUCACGUUGAUAUUAGUUGCGGUCGUCCUAGCGCUUAUUCCACCAAUUUGGAGUUGUAUUAGACGAUUGCCGCCAAAUAUCGUUAUCCCUGGAUGCAACUCGUUGGCUUUUUCAGCUGCCUGCCAUGUCUCUAGACCAUCCUACGAUACCACUGACGCAGGGGCUUUCAGAGAUGCCACGCCGUCCCCUCCUUUAGCUCCCGGCGCGUCAAAAUCUGGCAGCCGACUAGGUGGCCGAAAUGAAGAUAUUGAAUUGCUUACCAGCAGUAUGGAUGGGCUUUACCUUGAGAAACUUGUGCAGAGCAAAUUACGUUGGGGCGUGAUUGAUAUGCCCCCGAAAUGGUACGCUGAACUUGACCACGAUCCAGCAUUAGUGGGACAUCUUGGCUUCAGUACGCUAGAGGCUGGUGGAGUGGCAGCACCGCUAUGGGGGCAUCUUUAUGCGUGA